ACGAGGACACGGACUGGGGCCCUGGGACUGGUGGCCCCAAGGGGUCACGAGGCAGGAGGGAACCAGCGCCUGCAGAGACAGGCCCCCUCCGGUCCCCGCGCAGGGGGCCAUGACGGGGCGAAAGUGCCCGGGCCUUCCCGCCCUGCGUGCGGAGGGUCGUGGGACCCGGCAGCGGGAGCGGCUUGGGGAGGGGGCUUGGGCGAGCCCAGCCCCACCCCGGGGCUUUAACCCCUCUCUGCCGGAUUAGGAAGCCCCGCGCUAUUGAGGGGGAGGGGACGUACCCCCUGGGGGUAGUGGAAUCAGCUGAGGCCUUCGGCUCCAGCCCAGACUCCUCCUCUCCAGGAACCCGCGGCGACUUAGCCGGGGGUCCGGGGAGGACGGCGUCGUAAAGGGAGUUUGGAGUCCCCGCUUGGCUCAGAAGUUGCAGCUGGAGUCAGGACAGUUCAAUGAGGAUAUGAUCCCCACUGUGGGUUUCAACAUGCGCAAAAUCACCAAAGGGAAUGUGACCAUCAAGCUCUGGGACAUUGGGGGACAGCCCCGAUUCCGCAGCAUGUGGGAGCGCUACUGCCGAGGAGUGAGUGCCAUCGUGUACAUGGUGGACGCCGCUGACCAGGAGAAGAUUGAGGCCUCCAAGAAUGAGUUGCAUAACCUACUGGACAAACCCCAGCUGCAGGGCAUCCCGGUCUUAGUCCUGGGUAACAAGAGGGACCUCCCAGGAGCGUUGGAUGAGAAGGAGCUGAUUGAGAAAAUGUUCUGCUCUGGUUUCCCCCCAGGAAUCUUUCUGCCAUCCAGGACCGAGAGAUCUGCUGCUACUCCAUCUCUUGCAAAGAAAAGGACAACAUUGACAUCACCUUACAGUGGCUUAUUCAACACUCAAAGUCACGGAGAAGCUGAGACUGCAGUCCUUCCCCCUCGGACCAGGGACCUGCUGUCAUCCAAACCCGAAGUCGCACUCCCCUCCCACCCCACCAUCUCCCGUAAGCCCGCCGCUCCUCACUCACCGUGGGGAGGGGCCCUCUGGGGAUCCCAGAGUCCUGUUCUGCUGAGGUUUGAACUCCUGAUUUUAUUGUAAAAUAAACUGCUCCCAUUCUGGGCCCCCUAACCUCUGGCCCUCUCCACUUCUCUCUGCCCUUUGCCCCCCCUGCUUCCGUUCCCUUAACAGCCCAGGCCCCACAGCCCCUGCCCUCCUCUCUCCCGUGUCCCGCCCCUACGCUGCCCUUUUCAGCACUCUUCUGUUAUUGUCCUGUGUGUACAGUAUAUAUAUGUAUAUAUAUUUUAAUUUAAGCAAAGACUAAAAUCAACCAUUUGAUGCUGCAGGGGCCCGUCAGGCUCUGGGAGGGGGGCGGUGUGGGAAGAAGGCAAGAGAGGCAGGGCUGGCUCCGGGCAGGUCGAGAUUGGGAAGGCGAGAGCUAGCAUCUGGGGCAGGUGCCAGCCUGGGCACUGGUGACCGUCCCCAUGUCCCGUUUGUUUCCACUUCCCAGUCUGGUUUAUCCCUGCCGUGCUUGAAUGUCACAGGCCGACAGGAGCCUCCAGAGGCGCCCCUCUCUGCCCCCAGUCUCAGUAGGGCCACUGGGCAUACCCAAGUGCCGGAGAGAUCACCGGCCAACCGGAAGCCAGCGUCCACAUGACCCCGGGAGCACGUCCCCACCUGCUCCCGGCUCCAGCUCCUGCCCCUCCCUAGGGCCCGAAACUCCAUGGGCCACCUCAUUUUCUGUUCUCGUUUUGCAGAGUUGCACAAGGAGAGAACUCAGCAUGGGGGGUUGGUUCUUUGGGUUUUGUUUUCUGUUUGUUUAUUUGUUUAAUUUAAUGAUUUGUAAAGUGAUGUUCCUCUUCCUUUUUUACACUUUUAGCUCAUAUUUAACCUCUGUUUGGAAAAUGAUUCUUGUAAUUGUACAUUUUUUUGCCUCCUAACAACAAGAAUAAAAUGACCAGUUUUGUGUUG